GUGCGGUCGGCCGGCCUCAUCACCGCGGACGGUGGGACCAUCAAGCGGCACUUGUUGCGAGGCUGCUGAGCGCGAGGGUCCCGCCGUUGUCCAAGUGGAGGCAACCUUUUGUGGCUCAAAUCUAACAUCGCUAGGUUAGCUUAAAAGUUAACUGGAAACGAGAUAACUUUCACUGUUUUUAAUUGACUUUAGAGGGAAAAAACUACUUCGGCGUUAAGGACAAGAGCAUUUUCUUCCCAGCGGUCCUCAGGUCUUAGAGAUGUUUGACAAGCAGCCCUAUGACAGCCCGCCGCUCUACACCCCACCUUCCAACAACGGGUUCGGAUCGCCGGGCAGCUUCCAUACGCCGCAGAGUGACUACAAUGCGUACCCUCCGCCCCCGGGAUCGUACUACAUCGAGGACAAGCCGCAACACUUCUACAAAUGGUCGUCACCCCCCGGCAUCAUCAAGGCCAUGAUGGCUGUUGUCAUCGUGCUCUGCGUGGCCAUAUUUGCGUGUGUGGCCUCCACGCUCAUGUGGGAAAUGCAGUACGGGUAUGGAAAUGGCUACUACGGAACCGGGACCGGAUACGGUAGCGGAUAUGGCCUGGGCAGCUACGGAACAGGAUUUGGUGGCGGUGGCUAUGGCAGUUAUGGGGGAUAUGGUAACUACUACGGCUCCUACAUUUCCCCCUACUCGGCCAAAACCGCGAUGAUCGCCAUGGCAGCCAUUAACUUCAUCGGCUCACUGGCUUUCUUCAUCGCGAGUUUCUCUAAAUCUACCGCCAUGCGUAGCAGGAAGUACUUUCUGGCACUUCUGAUAGCGAGUGUCAUCAUGGCCGUCCUGCAGGGCAUCAUAAACAUCGUGUACAUCGUUGGAGUGAACCCCAAUGCCCAGGGUUCGUCCAAUAUGAUGUACAAUCCCAUGCUGAUGAUGUGCCAGAGCCUCUAUCAGACGGGCUACUCUCAGAUGGGAGGAGUGGGAGGCUUCCCAUUACACAACCCGUACCUCUACCAUUACUGCUACGUGGACCCCCAAGAGGGAGUCGCCAUGGUGUGUGGAUUCCUUAUUGUCAUCGCCUUGGCCGUUGCCGCUUUCUUCGCACACAAAGCGAGAGGCAAGAUCUGGCGCUACGGCAAAGCCAACAUCUUCUGGGUUGAGCCUCUUGUCGGUGGGAAAGCAUCGGAGGGCAGAGAUGUGGAGGAGUGGGUGAACAAUGUGGAGGAAAGCCGCAGCGUUCAGGACGCCCCGACCCUGCUGGUGUCAGAGAAAGGAGGCGGACUGCUUAACGCUUCUGCAAACAGUGUCAUCUCCUACCCCCCGGCCAAGGUGGAGAGCAGCUCCUUCAAUGGGGACACCUACGACAGCAAUGAGUACUCGGAGCGAAAAACCAGCCGACCGUCAGAGGUGUUUUCCCACGGUGGCAGGAACAGCUCCAGUCCUUCGGAGGAGGCAGGCGGGGGACGCAAACCUUCUGCCAACAGAGCCAAGAGACGCAGGCGUAACCCUGACAUGGACGAGUCUCAGUAUGAGACGGAGUACACCACAGGAGGCGAGACGGGCAACGAGCUCGAUACGGAAGAGUGGGAGAGCAUGUACCCCGAGAUAACAUCCGACGAACAACGUCACGACUAUAAGUCUGAGUUUGAUGCUGACCUAAGGGAGUACAAGCGCAUGUGUGCGGAGAUGGACGACAUCAACGAUCAGUUGAACAAACUCAGCAGGCAGUUGGACACACUCGAUGACUCCUCUGCUAAAUAUCAGGGUGUAGCAGAGGAGUAUAAUCGUCUGAAGGACAUCAAGCGGACGUCAGAUUACCAGUCUAAGAAGAAAGAGUGUCGCAGGCUGAGACACAAACUGUUCCACAUCAAGCGCAUGGUGAAGGACUACGACAAGAGCCACUCGUAGACCCACGCCAUCAUCUUGACACAACACUUAACACUCCAAAAAAAGCUUCACUCAGUCUCUGUUAUGUUUGGACCUCAGUUAUUCUAUUAUAUUCACUGGACACGGAAGGACGCAGGGAACAUACCGGAUGUAAUUAUGAUCUACGAUACUAUUUUCUCCUCCAAUACAUGCCAUGUCAGGCGGCCGACAGAAGUUGACGUGGAGCCUCUCAUACGGAAAAACACCGCAAACGGCUUACUGAUGAUGGCAGUGUGCAGGUAUUUCAAAGUCACCCAGUGCACACGGGUUUAGUUUGCUCUAAACUCUCCUAUUGGCCCUUAUAUCAACAUAUGAGAACAAUAUUAUGUAGCUGUCAGCAACUUUUUACAUGAUUUUUCUUAUUAAGCUCGAUGCUAAAAAGGGGACUUUUUAUUGUAAAUAUUCUCAACAAUGAAUAUUUCAGUAAUGAUUUUUGUUUUUAUGCACUGCAGGAAUCAAAGGAACAACUUUUACUGUAAGUACUGUAUCUAUGAGGUUAUUCUAAAAUGACACCUCGCUCUGGACUCGGUGUCUUGUUUUUCCAAGUAAGUGAAUUUUACUAAUGCCUAUGCAAAUUAGACAAAAAGAGCAAUGUGACACGUAAAAAUUGCAGAUUUUGAUACCUAUGCAAAAACUAUUUAAUCAGGAAAAAUGAUUCAAUUUUUGCUCAUGUUUGCAUUUACUUAUUAACAUGUUACAAUCAAAUGUAUAUUUUGAAAUUGUUCAACACAUUUGGGAUCUGUGAUCAGUGCCGGUUGUAGCUUCAACGGCGCCCAAUUGGGCCCCCCCGUUCAGCGGUUCCCCCCAUCUAUUCCAUCUCAUUGUCUCUUGUUAAUACCGUGUGAAUGUUUUUGAAGAACAUUGUCAUCAUCUGACAAACCAUUUGUGAGCCAUUUAUUUUUGUAUGGAUGUUUUUUAAAGCUAAACUAUGUAACUGCCAUCAGCUCUGAUAUCUAAAAAAAAAGUAUUGAAUUAAUAAAAUGUCUAAUUCUUUGAAAAGGAGUCAGUAGAAUAGAGGAGAUCAAUGAAGUCACUGCCCCCUGGUGGUGAUUAAUCAAGAGUCAUGUGCACCUUCAGUCCAUACAACCUCCCCCAAUGACAAUUUAAUGUAACAGAAAAGGUCAUUCUGUGUUUAAAAAAAAGAAAAAGCACAAACAGCAGCCCCUCAGAAGAUGAAAUGAAAAUAAGUACAAAUAAAUUCCAAAUUUCCAUUCCAAAUACACAUCUGGAUUCACGGAUCUGUGGUCUGGAUGACAUCCAGGAGGCCAAAGAAGGAUGCUACCCAUCCAGAAGUUGGAGUUCUAGCUGCAGAAGAGCUUGGAGGAGUGGAAUGACUUACCUGACAUGAAGGAAAAAAAGUUCUCAGUCGGGAUGAUAUCGGUUAUUUCAGCAUAAAAAUACCAAAUCGGUGGAUAUCGGUAUCUGAUUUUUCCCGAUCAUGAGUUUAAAAAAAAUGCUGUAUACAACACAUGG